AUGCCUACCAAGAGGCUGAGUGAUAACAUGCGCCGUCGCUGUGCCGCAGCAUGCGAGAGCUGCAAACGCCGAAAAGAGCGAUGCGAUGGCAAUUUGCCUUGCCGUCGAUGCGCCAUCCGACAGAUCGCCUCAGAGUGUCGCUAUUCAACCCCAAAACGUCGUCCAUCCACCUCCCCACGCCAAAGUGUCAGGACAGACCCAAGAGACCCUCCAGAACCACUGGCAGACAUGCUGCUGAACUACUCCAUCGACCUACCACUUGAGCAGACGGCGAGCCAGCCUGAGGACUCAUUUCUAGACAUCGGCGCCCCAUUCCCCGAUACCUAUCGGGCAGCGGAGAACGACCACCAAGGAUCCAUGCAUUUCGGAGAUGCCGCCAAUGAAUGCUUUCUUCAGCAGAUCCGCCAGCUCGUUUCUCGAAUACUGGGGCCGUGUGCCUUUGUCGAGCAGCCGAUACAAUAUCAUACCAACCAUGAUCCCUCGUGUCCAGUUUCCGUGUCCCAUCCCCCACCAAAGCCCAGCUCUCUCCAUGCGAAGCAACUGGUUCGUUGGGGUAUACAGGCAACAAGUCACUUGCUGGGUGCUUUGGACGAAUCAGAGGUUAAGUCGCAAAUAGACGCCUGGCUGCAGCAAGACGAAGACGCUGCAACCCUCUCCUCUGCAAUCUGCUACUUGAUCCUCGCGAAUGGCGCGCUAACCUGCCCGGGAGACGAAGAUGCGACUGCGGAAGCGUAUUACACAUAUGCGAAAUAUCUGACGAAUUCGAAAUCGGGCCAAGGUCCAAAUCUCUCGGCGAUCCUGUGUCACAACUUGAUCGCUUUCUACCAGAUAAACUCAGGGCGAAGAGACGCCGCCUAUCACUCCAUCGGGGUUGCGUGCCGACUUGCCUGCGCUAUGGGCAUCCAUAAAGUGAACCAGUCGCAACACAUGAGUCACGCUGAUUCUGCUUUCCGUGAACGUCUCUGGAAAGCGCUGCGACUGUUUGAUACUUUCGCCAGCGGUUCCUUGGGUCGACCAAUCUGCACCUACGAGACUCGCAACACCAAGGCCGAGAAGGGCUAUUCUUCCGCCAUCGACAUGGCCGCUAUUCUCGAAGCUGUCUUGCGGGAGGUCUACGGGCCCUCCAAGGUUUCAAGACACUUCAUCACAAGUAUGACGCAGGAGCAUCGCUCAUGGGCAUCUCGCAUGACUUCAGGCCUGAAGACUGAUGGGCUAGAGUGCGCGGAACCAGCACAAGGCUACGAGUCAGUAUCAACACUGGCAUCCUCUAAUAUGAGACAGUCAUACUACUGGUCGAUUAUGCUGCUGACCCGGCCUCUUCUCCUUGAUCGAGCGGCGUCAAGAGCAAUGCGUGGAGGUACCAGUGACAGCAGCUAUCGAGACGUACAAGGGACGGCAACACCAUCACAUCCCGACACGGCUCUUGUGUAUGCUUCAGCCGACUCUGCUGUACGUGUCGUUCGUUUGCUUCAGAGCUUUCUCGCAAGAGACGACUUACCCAAGCGGUUACCUUUCCCGGUCCACUCUGCUUUCACUGCUGCUCUGACCUUAGGUGUUGCUACCUUUGCAGAUUUGGACCAUGUUUUUCCCCUGUUAUCGAAUUUAGCCACUGCAGGCCAGUUGCUCCAGAGGCUUGAAAAGCAUGAUAAUAUCGCGAGGUACUACUUUCAGGUAGUGCAGCAGCUCCAAUCUGCAUGUGAAGAGUAUGUGGAACAGCGGAAUAACCGUAUCGUUGAGAAACAGAGCCAUUUAGUGGGCGAGCUUUUCGGACGUCUCCAAGAAAAGCCACAUCCACCAAAACACAAACGUGGGAGGAUGGACAGUGAAUGGGCUGGUGAAAUCGCUACGGCCCAGGAGGUGCAAACCCCAUCAGCUUCUCUGUCUACGGUCUCUUUGACGGAAGAUUCUACCCUAGCAGUUGACCUUGGUAAUGUUGGUGGAGAUCCCCACGAUCUAUCUUUGGACUUGUUUCAAGAUUCGUCGUUACUCGACAUGUCUCAUAUCGAAGAUACCUCAGAUGUAGGUAGUAUGGUCUUCUCUAGCUUGAGCUGGUUUCAGUAG